AUGACUCUGGGUUUGUGGAGCUGCGAGGGACAUUACAGAGAAAAACACACGUCUCGAAGAUCAAAAUAUGAGCGCUGGGAAAACCUCAAGGAUGCCAUGCUGCUGGUGGCUGACAGACUGGAAGGGCCCUUUAACAUUGAGGCCGUCAUGGAGCCCAUCGAUGUCAAGAUCUCUGAAGCCAUCAUGACCAUGCAGGACAACAGCAUGCAGGUUUCAUCCAAGGUGUUUCAAGGAUGUGGUCAUCCCAAAGCAGCCGGUGUAGGCCGAUCUGCCCGCGGGAUCUCGGAUGUGUUCAACAGCCGCUUCAAACCUUUCAACAACCCAGAAGAACGACCCACUACGGCAGCGGGCACCAGCCUGGACAGACUGAGGAUUGUCUGGAGGACGAUGCAACACAGCGUGGUCGACAUUAAGGGGAAGCUGAAGGAGUCGAGGAGGUUCUGGUCGUCUCUGCCUGACAGCAUCUGUGCGGAGGACGAGAUGACUGACCCAGAUGAGGAGCAGUGCUGGAACAGUCACACCAGGGGAAGAUAUUUCCCAGAAGUGGUAAAAGACGGUCUUACAAACCAGCUGAAUAACCCAGAGGUGGAGGUGGACAUCACAAGACCAGACACUUUCAUCCGACAGCAGAUCAUGACCCUCAGAGUAAUGACCAACAAGCUGAGAAACGCAUACAACGGCAAAGACGUCUACUUUCAAGACUCCAGUGAUGAGGAGAGCGGUUCGGGCAGUGGCAGUGGCUUCACCACAGAACCUGAAGUGAUUCACACAGAACCGCCGAUGCUGGAAGCCGACAGAAGUGACCCACAGCCGCCGACAGCCGCUGGAUCAGUGCAGCAGAAACCCUCAGUGACUGUACUGAGCAUCCCUGCACUGCUGCUGCUGCUGCUGCUCUGCUGGAGAUAAUGGCAGAUCCUCAGUGGCUCACAGCCACAUGGACACACACAGACGCUGUUAGCCUUUCCGCAACCGGACUGAACCUUUUACACAAAAAAAAGAGAUCAAGAAAAGCCCAUAAAAAAAAGAGGAGAGCAAGAAAGUGUGAGCGCAAACAUUUGCAUCCUGCUUGUUCCAAAGAAUGCUUGGUGCAAUCGCUAAUUUUGGCCAAUCGCUCUCAUUUAUAAAUCUUUUUUUGGGAUGAACCGUGGCUUCCGUGUGAAUGGGACCACCUUCGGGCAAAAAAAAAAAAACAGUAGGGGAAAAAUAUGAAAAUAUAUUUUUGUUUUCCUUUUAUACUGAGACUACAGAACACGCUCUGGUGGUUUUGUUUGUGUUUUUUCUUACGUUUCGCCCCCUCCCGAAUUCAUCAUGCGAUACAGUAAAAAAAAAAAUAAGUAAAAAAAUAACAUUAUAAAUCUAUAUAAGUCAACACGUUUAUGUACCACUGUGAGAAUGCAUGGGGAGGUCAUGAGUACGUGUUUUUAACUGUGAUUUAUUUGUUUUCCUCACACACUUCUGAUGCUUUUAUUCUUUGGUCGAGGUGACUUUUAUUUUGCAUUUAUAAGGUGAGCGUUACGUCUAGUCCCGUUUUCCCCAAACGAUGAUUCAUUCGGAAGAAAUGAUCCAUAUCCUAAUAUAUAAAGGUUUUAGUUAUUAAAUGUUUUCUUACAGAGAAAGAUUUAUUUAUAUUUCUAAUAUAAUUAUAUAUUUUGGCUUUAGCAGUUAGCAACUUUUAUUCAGAAGCACAUAUGUAACAAAUAGCUCUUUUUUUUUUUUUGCCCUUUUCAGUGCAAACACUUAAUUUAUUUUACAUAUAUAUAUAUAUAAUCUGGAUGGACCUGACUUUCCUCUGCAGUUUACUUUUUACUUUUGUGCAUUUUUCAGAUUAGUUUAAGAUUAGAGACGUCAAACUCCAGUGUUAAACCCGUACUUAUGCUCACUUAUAUACCCGUUAUUGUAAUCAGUUGUGUAUGCACAUCCCUUAUUAUACAUGCUCUUUUUAUUUUGCUGUCUUUAUAUGUAAUUCACCAGAUCAGCCUUUUUAUGUGCAGAUAUUUACAGAAAUGUUGCAUUGUGAAUCGUUGGGCUGAGUUCAUGAAACUAGCAGAAUUCAUUCGCAUCACACUUUGAGUGAAACUAUACACAAAACAAUACAUAAAUGCUUAGUAAACUUUAGCUUUUAAUAGUUGUUUACUGAACAGAUUAUUGCUCUGCCAUUAAAUUAAUUCGACAAUUUCUUUUUUUUUUAAUGAACUACUCGAUUUAAAUGUAAUAACUUAAUUAAUAACCCUAUUAUAGUGCAUUACUGUAAAUUUAAAGACUUUAGUUGACAACAAAGUACAUAUUAUUACAUUUUUGCUAUUACCAGCCUGAUCUCACGAGGAUAAGUAUUUUACGUUUUGUCAGUUUAGUGGCUAAUUCGACUGAAUUCAUACUAGUUCAGUCGUAUGAAAAAGUACGAUUUAAAAAAAGGAGGCGUGGCAACAAACCCCGCCCCUAAACCCAAGCGUAAUUUGGGAGACUAUUUACUAACACUAAAUCAAAACAGUUACGAACAAACACUAAAUCAGAAAGUUACAAAUUGCCAUGAGGUUGUGUUAUUAUUGUGCUAUUUCAAAUUUAAAAAGUCACUUUUUUUCCAUCAUGUUUUUAUGUUUUUGGAAUAUUAGUUAAGACAAAAUUAACGAAACAAAGUG